GUAUAUCUAGCAGCUCCCAAUUCCAGUCAACACUCUGGGCUUGAGGUAGAAUCAAGACCAUGAAGUGCCUGCUGCUUCUCGCCUUUAUUGGGGUGGCUGUUGCCUUCCCCACCUUCGCUGAAGAUGAUGAUGACAAGAUUGUGGGUGGCUACACCUGUMCAGAGCACUCUGUGCCCUACCAGGUGUCCCUGAAUUCUGGAUAUCACUUCUGUGGAGGUUCCCUCAUCAGCAGCCAGUGGGUGCUGUCCGCUGCUCACUGCUACAAAUCGUGAGUGGAAAAAAUUACAUCCUUCUAUAAACCACUUCUGCCUUCCAGUUCACUUCUAGCAGGAGUUCUGAGCUCCARCUWCCCYGACARCCUGCAGUGCCUGAAGGCUCCUGUGCUCUCCKCCRCYGAWUGCUCURAKKCCUACCCUGGGCAGAUCACYAAGAACAUGAUGUGUGUUGGAUUCCUGGAGGGAGGCAAAGAUUCCUGCCAGGGAGAUUCCGGCGGUCCCGUGGUCUGCAAUGGACAGCUCCAGGGCAUUGUUUCCUGGGGUAUUGGAUGUGCCCAGAGGGGCUAUCCUGGAGUUUAUACCAAGGUUUGCAACUACGUCUCUUGGAUCAAGUCCACCAUUGCCGCCAACUGAGACGUUCAUUUGGUGUCACCUGUAUUUUCUCAUCAUCCUUAGUUCUCUUUUGGGUCUGGACAAACAAAAACGAUGAAAAAUUAAUAAAGACU